UUCAGAUCCUAGCGUUCGAAAUCGUCGAAGCGCAAGUGUUGGAAACUCACUUUUGAGAUGUGAAUCUUCUUCAAGGAUAGUUCCCCUUCCCAGCCGUUCGAAUGAUGGCUUCGCAGCUGUCGUGUCUCGAAAAGUUGCCGAACGAAAUUCUGGAUGAGAUUGUGAGCUAUCUUCCAGUUACUACUCCCUCGGAAUCCAAACUCCAUCAUCAACCAGGGAUAUGUCUCACAGCUUCCGAUACUCAAAAUCUCAAGAAUGUUGCACAAGUAUCCUCCCGGCUGCUCGAGCUCGUACGACCCAGACUCUACGGGCAUUCUCGAUUCCAUCUUGACGAUCUGUAUGACUUUCUAGAUUUUGUGUCAACGCAUGAACUAGAACGCUAUAUAGUCUCGCUUGUCGUGCUCGUGGAGAAUGGCUCUCCGCGUGACUUGGACACCAACCGGUUGCUUCGACUUCUGUCCAACCUUAACCCAUUGCGGAUCACCGUCCUCGCACCACCUUCGCGAAUAGGAACCAUGUUGAGCACCAAAGCCCCGGACGAGCAUAGCUGGGCUUUCCAGAUAUCUCAUCAGUUAUUGCAAUGGGAGCGGGGCACGCUGCCUGAAUCUUCAGUCCUCACGACUAAACCUUCAUGCAGCCCGCUGGAUCAGAGAACAUACUCGUCUCUGAGUUUUAAUGAGGGAUCCUCUCUCAGAGCGUACGCACAUUACGAGUACUUUCUGUUUGAGGUUCCGUCAGUACUUGGUAAAUGGGGCACCACGGCUUCAAUGGGUGCCGAGGAAGAGAAAUUGUCUAUAUCCAACGCACUCCAGCACUUGACAUCGUUCAGCUACACCGCCAUCUUUCCCUUUUAUAACCACGUGAAGUUGGUACUAGAUGCCCUGGAACUUAUGACGAAUCUACAAUCUUUUACCAUACAGUUGGCCCCGUGUGCAGAUGAUACAGCCAUUGAUCUGACCAAUAGAGGCCCAAUUGAUCCCAAUGACCCAUGGAUGGAGCUAGCUACGGGCUACGAUAUAAUUGCCCAUUCCAUCAUUGAACUGGGUCGUAGCGCUUCACUUGUUCAUUUCCGCACCCUUGAUUAUCAGAACGAUGCCCUGCGUGUCGAACUACACCAGGCGCUGGGUGCACAGUUUAAGGGUACGGAAUGGUUACCGAAUGGCCGUGGAGCAUGGAACAGGACAAAGCUCAACUUGAAUAUCGAAAUAAACUUGGGAUAUAGAAUAAGACUUUUGCAAUGUAGCAAUCCUUCACUGUUCACUUAUGUCAUCUCCCAGUGGAGUCUCUCGGCUUAUACCUAUCUGACCGACUCUCCAUGCCUCGCGGUCAAGUCGCUAUUAAUUCGACCAACCAUGGAUCCUGCAAGUAAUUCAUAUGCAGUUGAGCCUGCAUACCCUGUUCUAGCCCACAAUCUUCUGGCUUGUGGAAAUACAAGAAGCAAUGCUCCUCAACCUACGCAUGAGACAGAUUUAAGUCAUUCCGCACACAAGGCCGAGUCCUGGAAACUCCAGGCGGAUAUCGAUGCUGGACUGCAAGCAUCCCCAGACAGCGUAUUCCGUCCUGGGUCUGUAAUCGGAUUUUCACGGCUCCGAAACAAGGGUAGUGAAGACACAGAAGACGAUGAGUAUAUAGGCCAGCUCCCCCGAGCCCUCCUAACAGCCCACCUCGUUCACCAAGCCCGCACCCCCAACAACCCCAGCCCAACCACAGUCUUCAUCAUCCACCCAGCUACAUUCAACGCCUUCUCCCCAAGAAAGCUCCUCGCCUCCCUCCUCCACAGCACCGUCACCACAAACCACGAACCUCUGACCCGCGACACCGCAAUCGCCUGCCUGAACCGCGUACAACUCUUCCCAGUCUUCGACCUCAACGCCGCAACGCAAGCCAUCCACGAAGUCACGGCAUCCGUAACAGCCGGCAGCCACGAGUCCUCGCAGCAAAGAACGAUCUUGCUCGUCGCCGGGCUCGACAACCUCGCCGAGGGCGUCGUACGCACAUCCAACGCAGCGAGAGGCGCGGCGGCGCUGACGACUGCACUACGCACCCUGACGCACUUGACCCGCACGCAGUCUUCAACAGCGUCGGUGCUGCUAGUAAAUACGAGUGGGCUUGGCACCGCAGCGACUACCAACAGUGCCAAUUACGCGAGCGGGCCGAUGCGUGAUGAGUUGUUGAGCGGGCAGGGUAGUGGCAGUAGUGGCAUCUUUUCUGCGUUUGCGGGGAAUAUGGCGGGUUUGUUUCCGAGCUUGUUAACGAGGACGUUGGAUCAGGGGGUUGAUACGCAUCUUUUGGUGUCGACUAUCACGGGAGUGGGGAUGGUGGUGGAGGUGGUUAAGGAUCGUGCUGGGGAGGGGGUUGGGAAGUGGUGUGUUUGGAAGGAGAUGAGGACAGGUCCCAGGUGA